AUGUUCUAUACCGAUGUGCUUUUGAGUAAGCAUGGGUCAUUGGCCAACGUAUGGCUGGCAGCUCAUUGGGAGAAGAAGCUCACAAAGGAUCAUGUAUUUAGAUGUAACAUAGAGAAAACCAUUGGGAAAAUUAUUUCACAUAAGGUGAAAUUUUCCCUUCGAACUUCGGGUCAUCUUCUUCUGGGAGUUGUUCGAAUCUAUAAGAGGAAGAUGAAGUAUCUUUGGGAAGAUUGCAAUGAAACAGCUGGUAAAAUGAGUAUGACAUUUCGCCCAGGACUGAGUGACCUCUCAACAGGGGAUUUAGAAGCGUCUUACAGUGCUAUCACAUUGGAAGAAGAAUUUUAUGAUUUUGACAUGGAUACCAUAAACACUAUUGAUGCGUCUGAACACUUGACUCAAAACCAAAGCAGACCAGAGGAAAUUACACUUAAAGAAUAUUAUGGUAAGGAUCUAUCUUUAGAAGCACAGAAUGUUGGUGAUCAUGUUACUGGAAACCUCCUUGGCGAAAACUCUUUGAUGUGUAACAGUGGGGAUGGAUUUGGAGAUGAAGGAGCUUCUGAAACAAUGAUGGACUUUCUAUGGAAAGCAGAUGAGAAUUGCCUGUUAGAAGACAUGCCUUUGGAGGAAACACUCCCAUUGACUCCUGAAUCUCACCAGGCAAAACCAGAUUCUUCAGCUGGCUCGUGUUUCAACUCAGAUGACAUAUGUUUCCCUAAGAUUGAAGAGAUGGAUACAACAACCUUAACAACUGAACAGGAAGGAUUUAUUCUUCAUCCAAUUGAUACAUCAGGAACUUCUGGGAAGAGGAUGAGGAAGAAGAGGAGAUUGCUCAUAGAUCCAGUCAAGGAGCUCAGUAACAAAAGUAUAUGUGAACAGCUUAGUUCCUUUGAGGACACUCUCAAGCCUUUAGAAUUUGUACCUCCUACACGAAACUUAAUGAUGUUGAAGGAGAGGGACAAAGUGAGUACACUUCUCUCAACACCGUUUCAGCAUUUGGAUUCUGACCAGUUGAAUAAGUUGUUUCCAACUUGGCUUUUGUGCUCUGGUUUUAAAUCUGGAAGAUCAGUGAAGAGGGACUUAGAAGGAAAUGAAGUAAACUGCUACAAUGAUGAUACCUCCAUGAUGGAAGAACCAAAUCCCCAAGAACACUUAAAUCGGAAGCGUGUGACUAAAGAACCAAAGGAUCUCUCUCCUAAGAAUACCAUGGUAAAUAUGAAUCCUAAAUAG